AUUCAGUAGCAUUCAAACCACCUUCAGUUCUUUUCGAUUUCCUCUUUUCGCUUUCCUGAGUUGUUUCAUUGAGAGAGAUCUGGAUCUCUUGUUUCCUUACUAUCCUGGGAAAUUUCCCCUCAGAAACGAACAUCUGAAGAAAAAAGAUCAAGAUUCUGUUUUUGGAGAAAGCUAUCUUGAUACUUCCUGGGCUUACGAUUACGACUCUUGCUGGAUAUAAUAUCACGCCGACAUCCCUUCGUCUUCUCGACAUCAUCAAGCAACCUUCACAUCCGCCAUCAUGAUCUUCACAAAUACAUUCACGCUUCUUCUGGCCCUCGUGCCCACUACAAUCUUCGCUGCUCCCACACCUACAGCUCCGUCAUUAGCACACGCCAUUGCCAAACGACACCUUUCAGCCACUGCUCUCAAGGCACUUGAAGAAGGUUCAUGUGAUCUAAGUAGAGCGGCAAUGCCAACUGCUCCCACGCCUCUCCCAGCCCCAGCUUCCGGCCUAACCCUCUCCCACGUCGCCAUCGGCCGCGGUACGCAGAACUAUACCUGCCCAUCCAACGCCACGUCUUCCGCACCAAUCCAAGUCGGCGCCAAAGCGCAACUUUUCAACGUAACCUGCUCUGCUGUCCGCGCGCCCGCCGUCCUUGCCGACGUCACCACCAUGGCCCUCAGCUAUACGGUCCCAACGUCUGAACUCGCAGAACACAUGCUCUCUGGUCACCACGAAUUCACCUCCGAAGGCAUCCCACUAUUCUAUCUCAACACGGAUCUCCACCAAUACGGCCAAGUCCAGGCAAAGAAGAACGCGUCGUCUCCUGCACCCGCGAACGCGGCUCCAGGACCAAAUGGCCUGGGAAGCGUGCCGUGGUUGAGGCUCAACGCUGUGACUGGCGAUUAUAAGGAAGUAUAUCGACUCAACACUGCUGGUGGUCAGGCACCCAAAACUUGCGAUGGGAUCACAGGUGACUUUACUGUUGAGUAUGCUGCUGAGUAUUGGUUCUGGAGAUAAGUGAUACCUAUUGGUUUGCAAAAGUUGAAGAGGAUUAUGUGUAUAUUUGUAUCCAUGUACAGAGCAUUUGUCGGCGUUUUCUUUCUAAGAUUCUUGGGAACGGCUUGCGAUUAUCGAGCAUCAAUCAUGCGGUCCCUGGAGUGGACUGCUGCGAAACACAGUAGAUAGAUAUUACCCUUCUUGACGAUCACUAUAGCGUCCUGAGUCAAGGACAUCUUAGGGAUAGUCGUAAUCUUU